GGGAACCACAAUUCCCAGGAUGCACUUGAAAUUACCGUGGCCACUGGACGGGGGAAGGGAAGCUGAGAUUGGAGGGAGAAAUAGUCAAAAACUGAGUUUUCAGAUAUUAUGUACAUAUGACAGCCCCUCCUCAGGACUCUGACCAAACAACAACUCUAUCCAUGACCCACAUCUCACUGGACACCUUCACUUUUCACUUUGGACGUGUGCUGCAGUUUCAUGUGAGGCUGAAGACAUAACACAGCGUUAGUGCACAACUGUACUGGUACCUCUAGGUGCAUACUGGAUUUGUCUUGAGUGCCAAAGUAAUGAAGUGUCUCGGACGUGGAAAGCCCAGCCCUGAAAAGCAAUGUCAUUAUCCAGCUUCUGCGUACGUCUGAUGGGGCUGAGGAGCGGAGCCACUGGCCAAGCGGAUCUGUGGAGGAGAGAAAGGAGGCAGGUUUCCAGGAAACUUCUGCACUGAUGGAUAGCCAUUUCUUCCUGUCAGCUCUUGUGGACUGAUACCUGCAUAUUCCUGUCAGAGUGCACACUCAAGGUUAGACUUUAGAGUAGCUAAUAAAACCAGGCUGCCAUCAGAACCCCACAAUCAUCGCUAUUACACAGAAGAAGAAAAUAUGAUGUGCACAGUAUGCAUUUCCUCUGCCAGUGACAGUUUUGGGAAAUCAUACUGGUGACUUUGGACGCUGAGUUCUCUAUGUAUAUGAGGAGAAAAGGAGAAAAGUGUAGAUAUUUGCAGUCACUACAAAUGUGCUCUACGGAAAUCAUGGUGGUCCUUGCAUCAGCUCCUCAGCCCAUCUCAGUCCAUGACUACAGAAGCCUUUAGAGGCCACGAUCAGGAACACGCUCGCCAGCCAACACACUCAUAUGCAAUGGAAGAAGACACUGAUGUCACAACCCUCUCGGAGGGCCUGAAUGGUUUGUCCCGUGAAUGUAAACCAUUAGAGGAUAUCACCAAUGGACACUCCAACCAUAAGCCUGUCAUGAACGGACUGAUAAUUAGUCAUAAUGUCAAAGACCACACCAACGGCAGCGCACCACUCAGAUCCCUGCCGAUUUCAGCACUGAAGCAGAAUGGUCUUCUGCAGACCCUGGCAGCUGGAGGGGACCAGCCUAAACCUGCAGAGGAAAAUGUGGAGUUGGAAAAGGCCAGGGAGGAGUGGGAGGCUCUGGAGAGCGUCCAACCAGCUCUCACUGAGGACUCAAACCCGACCCCGAUCAUCUCCUUCAACGAAGCCUUGCAGUACUUCCAGACCACAGACCUCGGGGACUUGCUGAAGAACAUCCAGCCAACCAUUCGCAGAACAGGUCUGGCCGCGAUCACACACUUCCUCUUCGGACCUCCACGGCUGCACAGGGAGCUUCUGGAGGAGAGGGAUCUGGUCUUUGCCAUCGCACAGUGCCAUGUGGACAACGGCCAAACAGUCCACAUGCGUGUCCUUCAGACCAUUUAUAAGCGGCUGAUUGGCAGCAGGCUGGACUGUCCGCGCUAUGGGGCUCACUGGGAAAACAUCGGCUUUCAGGGUACAGACCCAGCCACUGACCUACGUGGCACUGGUUUUCUGGGACUGAUGCAUACGCUGUACUUUGUGAUGGACCCAGAGACUCUACCGUUGGCUAGAGACAUCUUCAAGUUAUCACAACACCCUACACAGAACUUUCCAUUCAGUGUGAUGUCAAUCAACAUGACCCGCAUUGCUCUGCAAGUACUCAGAGAGGAAGCCUUGUCCAAGGAGUGCAAUCGUCGUCAGCAAGUGGUUGGUGUGCUGAAUGAGUUCUACGUUGCCACAUAUUUGCACCUGUACCAACUGUGGAAGACCCAACAGAAGACCAUUGUUGACUCUGGCUUUGUACUGAAAGAAGUGGAGCUGUUUGCCAAAAAGAACCCCAAGCAGAUGCUGCGCCGACUAGAGGUCUUCCUGAAAGAGAGGCGGGCAGGUGGAAUCCCCCGUGGGACGUCGCCAGACCCUCAGGCCCAACAGCCCUCUCCUAGCCUGGGGGCCAGAGCUGGGACGGGACAGGGAAGCAAGGGAAAGGAGUUGCACUUCACGGGAGUGUGUGAUCUACCGCCAGAUAUGGAGGGAGAGGCCAGACUCAUCUAAGCUAGACUCUGUGUGUGUGUGUGUGUGUGUGUGUGUGUGUGUGUGUGUGUGUGUGUGUGUGUGUGUGUCUGUCUGUGUUAGCAAUCCUGUUUGUGAGUACAUCUAUCUCGGUAUGUGUGAGUGGCUUACUCUCAGAGAGCUAGAACCCCACCAGUCCCUGAUCUAGGACCUGCUAUCUGAACCUAUUCAAACACUUCCACUCCUUCCACUGACGCUGGGGUGCUGCACUUUCAUCAGAUUAAACUUGGAGGUCUCUCAGAGUUAUAUUUGUUUUUUUUUUAAUUGAUUAAUUUAUUUUUUUAAACAAAGAACAGACAAAUAUAAAGAGCUGAUGCGGGCCAGAAACACAAGAUGUCACAAAAACAACAAAGUGAAUGUGUGUGCACUUUUUUUGUGGAUUUAGUAGCCAAAUUGAUAAAACUCUACCUGCCUAGAAGGUCAAAACGUACACAAUUGUGUCCCUAGGAUCUCUCAGUCAGGGUAAAUUAGCAUUGCAGAGGGGGGAGCAUGGGAUGGAGCGGCUUCUUAACAGGUUUGACAUUCUCUCUCGCUCUGAGAUACGGCUCCAUCACGGGAGCACGCUGACAGCUCAUGAUACAAGCUGAGGGCGGCAUUGUCAGGCAUAUUGUUAAACACUCUGUUAACUUUAUGGUGAUAAGAGAGAAAUGAACCAGUUUCAAGCCCUGCGACAGAGCAAACAGAAGCAGGUUUUCUCUCAGCUUGACUGAAGAGCAUCAGAUAGAAAACCUUGGUAGAUUACAGAAUUUUUUUUUUUUAAGUGGGGAACAGAAAUUGCCGGUACAUGUUGUUCUCAAAUAUCUCACACAGUAGACUUUGAAUGCAGCUUGCUUUGAAGGUCUGAUCACUUUGCUUUCUCUAUCAGAGCGUCAAUUAAAUAUAUGUCAUGUGAAAGAUGUACAAAAAUGGACACUUCCAGAUGUGUGGCGGUAUAGCCAGAUGUUGGUGUACUCAUGGUAGGUGCAGAGCUCCCACUUAAUAUGGGGGAAUUUAUUUUUAAUUAAAAUGGUAACUUUUUUUAGUCCUCUCUGAAUGGUAGCUGUCAUAACUUCACAGUUAUGUAUAAAAUCCCUUCAGUAAACAGAUAGCUGAGUGGCCGCGAGAGGGAUUUUUAACACUGUUAAAUUCCACCUUCAAGAACGUCUCAAAAUCUGAAUUCUUAAGUUUUCGCGGUUAAAGCCAAGGAGACACUUCUUAACAGAGUCUGUGUGCUUGGCUUGGUCCCAGCUGAAGUGGAAGGUCUGGUAUGAGCUUUCUCUACAUUCCGUUACAAAGCAUGUGAUUGUAAUUUUUUUUGACCAGUUAAAAAUUUAUUCCAGUGUGUGUGUGCGCGUAUGUGUGUGUGAGAAAUAAAAUGAAUGAGCUGAUAUUGAUGAAGGGUGCCUCUCCUCGGAGAUGUAUGGUACAGUAUGCAAUCCCAGCUCUCACUCAAUGAUAAUCAAAACGAUAGUGCUGUGUGACGAUAGAAAUCGUUCCUAACUUCAGGGUUUGUGCGCUUGUGCAAGUGAAUGCAUUUGUGUGUGUGUGUGCGCGCGCGUGUGUGUGUGCGCGCGUGUGCGUGUCGUAUGACAGGAACUGACUACAGAUGGGGUGCUUUCCUCUGCACACAAUAAGCCAGCUUUACUAAGUACUUGAUCCAUCAAGCUGCAAUGACGGUACUUAUCAUUUUAAAAAUGGUACAUAACAUUUCCGUGGACAAGAUUUGUCCUAAAACAAAGAACACAUUCUUUGGUUAGCAUUUUUAAAAAAAAAAAACAGAUGUUGGUUGUGGACACAGCUGGAGUCAGCAGCACUGUGGCCUAGGAUGGGCAAAGCUCCUCAGCAAAGCUGGUUCCUGCUUUGUGCUAAUGUGAAACCAUCUCCCAUCAUUGUAGUCUCAAUCUGUAGCAUGUUCAGGUAGCACUAGUACUGUAGCAUCCUAUAGCCUCCUCCUCUUCGUAAAGCUUGUUGAUGUCAUGUCUCAGUUACAGUCCGUAGUGUCAAUGAGUGCGCAAACUGUUACUACUAUAGCACAUUUAUUUCGUAUUUGCAUCAAGCCUCCUUCAGUAGACACACAUUUAGGUGGUGCAGCGUAUGUUUGGAGAGAUGUGGGAUAAGCUUGACAUGUUAUUGAGCUCAACCUUGUCUUCUAAGAAGGUAACAGUAAAAACGGUGCCUACAUCCAGUGGAGCCAUGUGGGGUAGAGCGCUGGUUUGUCCUCGCUUCCUUUUUUUGUUCUUCUUUCAUUUGAGCCACCGUGCCACAGUAGACUUCCUCCAUUCAUGUAACGCAGUAAACAGAGUUGAUGUGACCCCCCCCCUAAAACACGCAGGCCUAAUUGAUAUAUACAUUCAACGCGCAGGCACGUACAUGUUCUGUGUCAACAUGUACUCAGAUGGUUGUACUGUGCCAUCUCCACCAUAUAACUUCAAAAAUGAGCUGAUGUAGUUUAGCCAAUUGUUUGCGAGUGUUUUUGACUGAACAGGAAAAAUUUGCACUGUUGUAGAUAUUUGAUAGUAUGCGUGACGUAUGCAAGAGGAAACAGGCCAUCUUCAAUAGCCAUAAUGUUCAUUAGCGCCCACCUCAUGAAACAGGCUUCGUGGAGUCCCCUCCUCACUCUUUAAAAAAAAAAAAACGAUUGCACCACGGAUAUGAUCUCACAUUUAGUUCUAUUAAAUUUUAAACUGAGGAGCAGUACAGUGUAUGUAAAUCAGGAAGUUUGUAUAUAGAGAAUUAAUGAUUGUAACUGUAUGAUUGUCUGUAGGGCAUUAUACUGAAACACAUUGCUUACCUCAAGACUUGAGACAAAUCUCUCCUUUCUCUCUCCUGUUGUUUGUUUGGCCUCUCAGUCAGACUCUAUCUUUUUACGUUUCCUUAUCCCUAGGCCUUCUCUCAUACCAAUUGGACAUGUUAUAUAAUGUAUAUUCAACACCUGAAGCACUACGUAAUAGCAAACUAACACGAAAGCUGGUCAAUGUCAUGUGUAUUCUAUUUAAAGACACAUUUAUAGACACUAUUAUAGGCCCACACACGCUCUGAUACACAUCUGCAGAUGAUUAAAAAUCCUCUUAAAAACGAUCUAUAAUUGGCUGAUGUUUACCAUGUUUGAAAUAAGCUGGUUUUCUUGUGGCUUCAGUGAUAGUACAGUAUACUUUUGCUGUGUUUAAGUGUUUGAUGUCCAGAAAACACUCAGAAACAAUCCAGUCUUUACAGCUACAGUCACAAACCAACAGUUCAAUAUAUGAUUGUAAAGAUAUAGGCUUGAUUAGCAGUCAUAAUACGGUGUAUGCUUUGACCUUGGUAUAUAUAUUCAGUAUCCAAACAAGGCCUGAUUUAUCCUCUCAUAUUACCAAAAGUUAUAUUUUCAGCAGUUGUAAUAGAUCAUAUUCUUAUGCGUUGAUCAUUGUUUGGAAUCUCCUCAGUUGUGAAACCAGAACCAAGAGAAAUUACAAAAAAAAAAAACGGGUUCUUGCAGGAUGUCGGAUGCUCUGAGAGGUGUGUGAAGUUCUGCUUCCUACAGCAGCAGCUUGGCAAAUACAAUCACUUCUCUCAAUAUCCUGCGCUUUAUAUGAAGGUGUUUUACUGUUGCCGUCGUCGUCAUGUCCCUCAGAGCAUUUUAUGACUGUACCUUGAUUGUAGAAGCCCUAUUUUAUACUGAGAGUUAUUUCAGAAUACAGUAUGUGCUGUUGUACAUUAAAUGUAUUGUAUGGAGAAAGCUAAAUAAAUGCUGUUUAAAAACUAA